AUGGAAUUAAACCAAACUAUAAAACUAGCCACUGUUAACGAUAUUGAAAAUGACAAAAAUAUAGAUACAUUAAGUUUGUUAACAAAAAUAGAUUUGAAAUCAUCAAAUUGUAAACAUGUAAAUUGCAUGAAAAUGAAAAAUAUAAAUUUUGAAGAUUCAUUAAGGAUGAAUGAUGAACAGAUUAAAGUAAAGGAAGCUGUUUUUAUUUUACAAAAUAUGGAAAAUUUUAAUUAUUCUAUAGGAUACAGUGAAAUACAAAAUAUUAGAAAUGAUUUAAGAUUAUUUGCUGUAAAUAGUUAUCAUGAUAAAAAAUAUUCUGAUUGUUUAAUUCAAGCAAUUCAUUCUUAUAUGAUAGCAAAAAAAUAUUAUUCCAAAUAUUUCGGUUAUUACUUAACUGGUGAUAUGAGCACUGAACUAAUUUUAAUAUGCAAAUGUUUUUUGUUAGUACAAAAAUAUGAAGAAGGUAAAACAUACCUUCAAGAAUUAAAAUUUUUAAUUGACAACACUUUGCUAUAUACUCAUAAAAAAGGUAUACUUGAUAACAAAGAAUUAAAAAAGGAAGUACAAUUAGAUAACACCAAAAAGAAUGAAGACAACAAUAAAAAUAAUGAUAAUAUAAAUAAUAAUAAUACAAAUAAUACAAAUAGAUCGGGUAAUAAUAAUUAUGAAGAACCUGUUAUAAUGUGUGGUAUCCAAGUACUAGCAAAUAUACUUUACAUUUUUGCAGAUAUGUUAAGCUUAUAUAAAAACAAUGAUGAAGCAGAAAACUAUUUCUUAAAAUACUUACACAUUAAUGAAAAAUGUUAUAAUGAUGAUAGUCUAAAUUAUAGUGAUGCAUUAAAUGAUGUAUGCUCCUUUUACAUAAAAAUAAGAGAAUAUCAAAAAGCAUUAACUCUUUGUGAAAAAAUUUUGAAUAUCAGGAAAUUGUAUUUUGGAGAUUAUAAUGCCGAUAAGCCAAGCGAAAUUAUUGCAGAUUGUUAUUGUAAUUUAGGUCUAUUAUAUAGACUAACAGGUAAUGUUGUUGAAGCAUUACAUAAAUAUAUUAUUGCUGUAGAUAUGAGAAUGAGAAUACAUAAAACAAGACAUGUUAUUCAAAUACAAGAUAUCCUUUUUUCCUUUGCUAUAAUUAUGCACCAAUUAAAUAAUUUUAAAAUGGCCUUGCAAUUAUAUAAAGAAGUUUAUUCUUUUUAUAAAUCUUAUUAUGGUCCCAAUGAUAUGAACACUAUUAUGACUUUAAAACUAAUUGAAGAACUGGAGAAAGAUGUUAUGAACAAAUCAGGUAAAACGAUUAAAGAACAAGAUUCAUCUUAUCCUAUCAUACCAAAUUAUGUGAAAGAAAAAAUUGACGACACAUUUAUUAAUAAAAAAAAUGAAAAAUAUCAUCACACAAAUAAAUCCCAUCAUAAUAAUAAUAAUAAUGAUGAUGAUGAUAAUAAUAUGUGGUGGAAUACAUUUAGUGAAAAAAUAAAAAAUAUUUCAAACACUUUUAAUGAUGUACAUCCUAAUUUAAUAGAACAAAUUAUGAACGAAAAAGUUACAAUAAAAAGGAAAAAUCCAUAUCAAAACAUAAGUGAUAAAAAAACUUUUUUAACACUACAAGGUAAAGUUACAUAUAAUGAUUUAACAUAUUCAAGUAUUGAUGCUUACAAAAAUAUGCAAUCAAAUAAACAAUUUCAAAUUAUUAAGAAUUCUUUUCUUAAUUCAUCAUCUAUUAAUAGAAUCAAAUCAUUAUAUGCUGAUUCAUGGAGAAAUACAUUAAUUCCAUCUACAUAUAUAUUACCAUUUGUAGAAACAAAAUUAGUUGAUAAAAAUUUAAUCAAAUUAUCAGAAUGUAAAGAUUUCCAAAAUGCUAUAUUAUUCAAAAGGAAAAUUUUACCAAUUGUUAAUAUACCAUUAAUGGAAAGAGGAUAUGUACAAUUACAAAAUGAUCAACCUAUCAUGAUAUGUAAUGAAGAUGCUAAAAUUUUAUUGAAUGAAUGGAAUAUAAAAGAACCUUUUGUAGAUUCUCAAGGAAAAGUUAUUAACAAAUAUGAAAGUCUAGAUAAAGAAUUUGAUAUGUUUAUACCUAUAUUAGAUCAAAAUGAUGAUAUCAUGCUUGGAUUCCAUAAUACACCUUUACUUGUACCUAACCCAGCAAUACAUCAUUGUAUUCUUUUAAAUGACCCAAGCUAUUUUGACAGAUAUAAUCGUAUUAAUAAUAUAUUCCCAAUUGACAGCCUAAAAUUUAAAGAUAAUAUUACAGAUCACAAUAAAAGUGAUAUUACAAAUUCAGAUAGUAAUAAUAGUCUACAUCACUCCAUUGUAGAAAGUAUCGACAGUGAUUCACAACAUUCAAAAAAAAAUGUACCUUUAUUAAAUAAUUCCAAUGAAAAAGUACCACCAUUCCAAAAUUUGAAGAAAAAUACCAAUGUACCAAAUUUUUCCAAAAAAUUUAACCUCAAAUUAAAUGAUCCAAAAAAAGAAACCAAAUUAUCAUUUUCUCAAUCUAGAGAAAUAAUUAAAACUAAAAGCUCAGUUAUCUCAAGUAUUACAAAUACUACAUCCAAAACAUCAGAUAUUAUUAGUACACAAAAUGUUACCAAAUCUAUUAAACAAAAUGACAGUCCAAAAAUUAUCCAAAAGCAUCCUUCAAAUAUUACCCUAAAAAGUACUACUCCAAAUAUAACAUCAAAAGAUAAUACUGUAACUAAAAAAAUAUCAAUUUUAAAAGAUAACGAACUAAACAAAAAUAAAGCAACCAAUAUUGUCAAAGAUCAAGAUAUAGCACUAAAAAUACAAAACAAAAUUGAUAACAAAAUGGAUAACAAAACAGAUAACAAAAUAAAUAACAAAAUAGAAUUAUCAAAACCAACAGAACAAAAUGAUCUUACAAUAAGUCAGAUUAUGGGUGCUAAUAAAGCUAAUAAAGCUAAUAAAGCUAUUAAAAAUAAAAUACCAAAGAAAAAAAUACACAUUUUUAAACUUAAUAAUAAUAAUAAUACCAGUAGUUCAUCUACUUCCAAAUUUUCAAGAGAAAAAUAUACAUUGAAAAAAUUCAGUAAAAUAAACUCAUCUUUUAAUAAAUCAAACGUUAAAUUGGAAUUAAAUACCAAUGAAAAUAAAUCAAGUGAAAAUGAUACUUUAGAAAAAACAAACAGAAAUCUAAAAUUCAAAGAAGAACCAAUUGUCAAAUCAGCCAUGCAUCCUAACAUCAAAAUGGAUUUAAGAAACAAUAUGAAGAAAUUAGAACAAUAUUCUUUUGAUAAUUUCAAAAGAGAAAUUUAUGAUGAUGAUGUUCCAUCUAAUAAUUACACAAAUUCAACCAUUUUUUCAUAUGAUGAUGAAAAUGAAACGGUUGCUAGCUUUAAGGAAUUUAAUAAAGGUAAUCAAAAAAAACACAAAAAAAGUAUAUUAUAUAAUCGAAGUAGUACAGUUAGUUCACUAAGUCAUAUAAUAAAUUAUGACAUUAUUAAAAAAAAUAGAAAAAAAAAAAUUACACAUACUCAUUUAAAUGGUAUAAAUUCUGAUAUUAUAUCAUAUUCUAGUAGCUAUCUAUCAACAGAUGAUCAUAAUGAUCAAGAAACAAGUAAACUAAAGUAUUACAAAGAAGAUCAAAAUAAUAUAAUAGGUAUUACAAAGAAAUCUAUCGACAAUAAUAGUUAUGAUUAUAACUAUGAUGACGAAUAUGAUGAUGAUGAUGAUGUUAACGACGAUAUUGUAGAUAUAUAUAAAUUAUUUGAUUCCCAUUCUGAACCUAAUUUUUCAAGUGAUGAUAAUUACACUUAUAUAAAUAAAAAACAAGAUAAUAAUACUUCACAAUCUUCACAAUAUACAAUGGAUCAUAUGAUGAAUAAAAAAGAAAGUAAUAUAUAUAAAAAUAAAAACAAAAUAUAUUCUGCAACAAAUAAUGUAAAAGAUCAUACAUUAGAUGAACAAUCAUAUAUGAAAACGAAUGACACGUUUAUCCAUUCACAUUUAAAGGAUACAAUAAAUAAUAUUAAAAAUGUAAAUAAAGUAGAUAUAUCAUUUAAAUUUACAUAUGAUGAAGAUGAGUUUUUACAAAAUGACAACGUAUUAUCAGAUAACAGCAUUGCAUCAAGCAUAAUAAAUCAAAAAACAUUACAAAAUAAAAAAGAGGAAAAUAUAAUUGAUACAAAUAUAAGUCAUAAUAAUUUAUCUGAUACCUCCAAUUUUAAUGAAUCAAUGUCAUUAAAAGAAGGAAAAUAUAAACAAUUAAAUGGAAUUAUAUAUAAUGAUAGUAAUAAACAUGAAUUGUAUGAUUAUCAAAAUGAUAUUAUGUUAUCGAAUAAUAAUAAAAUAACUACUAACGAAAAAAAAAAUAUAAUAAUAAAUAAUAAUAAUAAUAUUGUCGAAGAUAUGGAAUUAAGUGAGAACGAAGAAUUUUUUGUUGAAAUGAUGAAGAUGUAUGAUAAUGAAAAAUAUAUGGAUAUAGUAUUAUAUAAUAAUAAUGAUUCUACUGCGAAAAAUACUACAAAUGGAGUAUCAAUUAUGUAUUAUAAUAAAAAUGAGAAAGAUUCAUAUUUUAAAAAUAAUGAUAAUAAUAUAACCCAUAAUAAUAAUAAUAAUAAUAAUAAUAAUAAUAUAUAUAAGAAAUAUGAACAACCAGAAAUUCCUUCAGAAAAUAUAUUUUUAACUAAUAAUUCUAUAGAAGAAUUAGAUUCGAAUUUAAUGAAUAAUAAAUAUAAAAAAAAUAAUUCAAAUAAUAUAUAUAGCAUUAAAAUAGUAAAUGAAAAAAUAUAUAAUGAAAGUAAUGUAGAAUACGAAAAUGAAGAAAACAACAGUCGUAUAUCCAGUAAUGUUAAUUACAAUAGAAAGGAAAAAAAUAUAUACCAUAAAAAUGAUGAUAAUAAUAAUAUGAAUAUGUUACAUGCAAAUGAUAAUAAGAAAAAUAUUGAAAAUAUAAAUAAUGUAUUACAUAUAAAAAAUGAAAAAUAUAAUACCUUAAAUGAUAGUAUUAAUAUUUCUAAUUUUAGUAACCCUAAUGAUAUUAAUAAUAACCAUUUUAAUGAAGCAAAUUUUGAUGAUCCACAAUACAUUGAUGGGAUAACAAAUAAUAAAGAUCAUUCUCAUUUUAGUAAUGAUAGAAAAAAAAAAAAAAAAAAAAAAGCUCACUUAUUAUCAUCAAAUAAAAACACACAUAUUUCAAAAUUAUUUACAUUUUUUUCAAAGAAAAGAAAAAAUAAUAAUAAUACAAAAAGGAAAGCAACAGCAAUAAAUAAUGUUUAUGAUGAAUUUUUAAAUAACGAUAUAUCAACAAAAGAAGCAAAAAUAUAUAAUAAUAAUAAUAAUAAUAAUAAUAAUAUUAAUCAUAUUAAUAAUGGUCAUAAUAUUUGUCAAUUGACUAAACCUCUAAAUGAUCUAUUAUUUGACAAUAAAACCUUUGAUGGUUCAAACCAUUUUGAUCAUACAAUAUUUGAUAAACAUGAUAAUAUAAAUAUAAAAAAAAAUAAAAAAACUCACUUGUUCAUAACUCAAUCUUCUCAUGGUAUGGAAAAACCAAAAUUAUUAAAUAUGAAAGGAAAAACCUUCACUCUAAAAAAAUUAAUAGGAAUUAAAAAAAACGUUGGUCCUAAAAAAGAACCACCCAUGCAAAACAAGGAAUUAACAAAAAAUGCAAAUACGAACGAACCAAAAGAAACAAAUGAUAAUUCUCAUAAAAAUGGUGUACCAAAUGAUAAUUCUCAUAAAAAUGAUGUACCAAAUGAUAAUUCUCCUAAAAAUGAUGUACCAAAUGAAAACGAGAAUAAUGAAGAAAACAUUCCUAAUAACCAAGAAGAAAAUAAACAAAUCCAAUUAUCAAACGAUAAUGAAAACAAAAAUAAAAGUAUAUCAUUAAUUAAUAAUCUACAAAAUAAUUCUGAAGAUAUAACAAAAAAAAACAUAUCUAAAAAGAUGCAAUUAAAAAUUAUUCCAAAAAAAUUUAUCAAUGUAGUAAAAAAUAAUACUCUUGAUAAAAUGAAUGAAGAAAUUAAAAAAAUAGAAAAUAGAAAAAAUAAUAAUGUACUCAAAAGAAAUAAUAGUACUAUUAAUAAAGAUGUUUCUUAUGCAAAAAGUAUAAAUGAUAAGUUAUCCUUUAAUUUAUUAAAAAAUGUAAAAUUUUGUAAAAUUGGAUACGAAAAAGAUAAUUCUAUGGGAACAUUACCUGUAGUACAUUUAUUAAAUGAAAAUAAAAAUGUUAUUGCUAUUGUACCAUGGCAAAUUGAUUUAACAUCCUUUGCAUUAGCAAAAUCUUCUAUAGAGGAAGAACAAAUUAGAAAAUUAGGAUUAAUGUGCAGAGAGAUUGAUGUACCCAUAGAAGAUCGUCAAAAACAAAUAGACGUAGAAAAAAAACUUUUAUUAGGAGAAGGAUUAAAAGAACUAGGGUUAGGACGUGGUGGUACAACACCAGGGGGCUCAGUCGGAACUGGCAAUUUUGGAGGUUCUGGUUCCAUAAAUCUAAUAUCAGGAAUAGAUUUGAAUGCAUUAAAAGAGUCAUAUAAAAUUGAAAAGAAAGUUGAAGUUAAAGAAGAAAAGAAAGAAUCUGUACCAAAAAAAGAUACACCUAAAGGUAAAGGAGGACCAAAAGCUAAGGGAGGUAAGAAAGGACCACCUGCUUUUAUGAAAGGACCCCCAAAAAAUGUAAAAGGUGCAUUAGCAGUUGGAAAAACAAAAUUUUCAAAACUUACUAAAGCAAAAGAUGAAGGUAAAACUAAAAGAUUCUUUUGGGAAGCUUUAUUUGAAAAUGAUAUUCAAGGAACCUUAUUUGAAGAUAAAAAAGAAUUCAUAUCAAAAAUUGCUAUUGAAAAAGAAAGCGUCGAAAAAUCAUUUGCAAAAGCAGUUAGUAAAAAAGAUGAUGAAAAAGAAACCAAAAUAAAAAAACCAAAAGUUAUACAAUUAUUACCAGAUUCCAAAAGAGAAUAUAAUAUGUCAAUUGCUUUAUCAAAAUUUAAUAAUUAUACAUUUAAAGAAAUUAGAGAUGCUAUUAUGGAAUUAAAUCCUAAAAUACUUAAUAUAGAUAAUACAGAAGUUUUAUUACAAUAUGUACCAACACCUGAAGAAUUCGAAAUCGUUAAAGAAUAUAUACAUUCUAAUGGGGAUCUAAACCUAGUAGAUAAACCUGAACAAUAUGUAGCAGCUAUUAUUGGUGUUCCAUUAUUAAAACAAAGAUUAGAAUCACAUUAUUAUGCAUUGUCAUUUAAAGAAAAUUAUGAAAAUACAUUAAAUCCUUUAGAAAAUAUAUUAGAAGCAUGUGAAGCAAUUAAAGAUUCAAAUAAAUUGUUUACUAUACUAUUUACUAUACUUAAUGUAGGUAAUACAUUAAAUUAUGGUGAUGCACAAAGAGGUAAUGCUUUCGGUUUUAAAUUAAGCACUUUGUCAAAAUUAAAUGAUAUCAGAUCUAGUACUAAACCUGUCAAAACUUUAUUACAAUAUAUUUGUGAAAUCAUUUUUGAAAAAAGUAAAGAAACAUUAUCUAUUAUUGAUGAACUAAGAUGUAUUGAAAAAAGUAUUAAAACAGAUAAACAAACUAUCGAUGCAUUCUUACAAAAAUUAAAAUUAGGUUGCAAUAAAAUUAAAACUGUCCUAGAACAAGCUAAAAACACACCCACAGAUCCAUUGUGUGAAGCACUUACAGAAUUUUAUCAUAGUGUUGAACCAAAAAUUGUUGAACUAGAAAAUUUCUAUAAUCAAACCUUUACUGUAUUUAAAGAUAUAGCUCUCUAUCUAGGUUAUAAAGAAAAAGAUAUUAAUACGAUCCAAGUACAAGAUUUUUUUAAAGAAUUAUGGACCUUCAUACAAGCUGUAGAAUUUAAUAGAAAAACAAUUAAUGAAGCCCUUCUUAAACAAAUAAAAAAACAAGAGAAAGAAUUAGCAAAUGAAAAACAGGGAACUGUACUGAAAAAGAAACAAAAUUUUACUAUUACCAAGAAACAAGAUAAUGAACAAAAAGCUAAAAUAGAAAAAAAAACAUUCAAAAUAUUUUAG